AUGAGGAGCAGCUUCCUGUCAGAGUCGCCGUGCGACGAGCAGCACAUCCAUGGAUAUGGCUUCAACCCGCAGUCAUGGCUGCAGGUGGAGCGAGGGAAGCUGCCCAAGUCGUCCUACUCGCCUUCCUCCAUUGAGUCACUCAUCAAGAUUGCUGAGCCGCCUGUAGUGCCGUUGUACAAACCUUUGGAUUAUGUUGAGGUGCUGUCAAGGAUCCACGAGGAGCUUGAACAAUGUAGCCCGAGCGAGCGGCCAGGGCUGUACUUGGUCCAGUCCCAGGUGUUUCGGGGCCUUGGGGAGGCAAAAUUGCGCCAGAGGAGUCUCCACUCUGCCUGGCGCUGUGCAAGCGCCGUCCAUGAGAAAGUCAUAUUUGGGGCGUGGCUGCGUUACGAGAAGCGGGGGGAGGAGAUCAUAUCUGACGUCCUUGCAUCAUGUCGGAAAUGCUGUCGAGAGUUUGGUCUACUUGAUGUUGCUUCCGAGAUGCCUGUGCGGAAUUUUGAGGUGAUUGGUUCAUGGGAGACAGGCUCCUCAUCUCAACUUUCUUCCAUGGUAACCUUCCAAAUACAGGAUGGUAGGGUGACAUGUGAUAGGUGCAAGAUUGCGUCUUUGUCAAUACCAUUUUGCUCCAUGCUUAAUGGGCCGUUCACUGAGUCACAGCUUGAGCUUGUUGAUUUGUCAGAGAAUGGAACUUCCGAUUGUCUAGCUGAUGAUCUAGUAAUUAGCCUCUUCUUAGGUGCAACUGCACAGCAACAACUUAUCAUGGUUGGGCAGGCGUCCUUUUUGUUGUAUUGCUUGCUUAGUGAAGUAGCAAUGAACAUUGAUCCGAGGACAGACACAACUGUAUUCUUGUCAGAGAAGCUUGUUCAGCUAGCAGUUACCCCUACUCAGAAGCAAAUAGCUUUUCAUCAACUUGGAUGCAUUAGACUUUUGAGAAAAGAAUAUAGUGAAGCUGAACAUGGAUUUGAGGUUGCCUUCUCUGCGGUCAUGUGUAUUCGAUUGCUGAGGUCGUUGUAUUCUGAAGGUGAUAGAAAGCUGGCAGACCUUGACAAAGCAAGUGAGCUGGAUCCUACUCUCACUUACCCUUACAUGUAUCGAGCUGCAUCCUUGAUGAGAAAGAAAGAUGCUAAACUUGCCUUAGAGGAAAUUAAUCGACUCUUGGGUUUCAAGUUAGCAUUGGAGUGCCUGGAGCUAAGGAUCUGUCUAUACUUGGCUCUUGAAGACUAUAAGUCUGCCAUCUGUGAUAUCCAUGCGAUUCUUACUCUUUCACCUGAUUAUCGGAUGUUGGAAGGGCGUGUAGCUGCUUCCAAAAUAGGCACUCUUCUGGGUGCACAUGUCGAGCAGUGGAAUACAGCUGAGUGUUGGCUACAACUUUAUGGCGCUGUGAUCUAUCGGAUGCUUGAGUCAGAUGCAGCAAAAGGUGUCCUGUACUUUAGGCAAUCUUUGCUGCUCCUUAGGUUGAACUGUCCUGAGGCAGCGAUCGCGCGUUUGCAAUUGGCAAGGCAUCAUGCAGCAACUGAGCAUGAACGACUAGUCUAUGAGGGGUGGCUUUUGUAUGACACAGGGCACUGUGAGGAGGCCCUACAAAAAGCGGAAGAAUCUAUUUCUAUUCAAAGAUCAUUUGAGGCGUUCUUUCUGAAAGCCUAUGUUUUGGCCGACUCAGGAGUUGAUCCUUCUUAUUCCUCGACUGUUAUCUCGCUUCUUGAAGAUGCAUUGAAAUGCCCUUCAGAUCGGCUUCGGAAGGGUCAGGCAUUGAAUAACCUUGGUGGUGUCUAUGUUGAUUGUGGCAAGUUAGACUCAGCAGCUGAUUGCUAUACAAGUGCAUUGAAGAUUCGACACACUAGAGCCCAUCAAGUGCUGAUGGAUAGCCACAAGGAGAACGAUGCAAUAGCGGAGCUCAGCCGUGCGAUAUCCUUCAAAGCCGACCUGCACUUGCUGCAUCUCCGGGCAGCUUUCCAUGAGCACAUCGGGGAUGUACCGAGCGCUCUCCGUGAUUGUAGAGCCGCCCUUUGCUUGGACCCGAAUCACCAGGAAAUGCUGGAGCUUCAGAAACGUGUGAACAGCCAAGAGCCCUGA